AUGGCCACGCUCGCUCCACUCCUGCGGGCUGGCUUCCUGGCCCACAGUGGGGAUCUUACAGCCAGAAGGACUUGCAAGGCUGGAUUCUCAGAAGACGGAUACACAGCAUUCGUCUCCCAGAAUGUUCUGGAAGGAGAGAAGCUCCUCAAAGUCACGUUCAGCAGCUGCCUGGGCCCCCGGGGGACACAGUACGAGAGCAGCAGCCUGGACUUCCGCGUGGGGGCGGACGGCACUGUCUUCGCUGCCCGGGAGUUGCAAAUCCCCGAGAAGCAAGUGGCCUUCACGGUGACGGCGAGAGACCGCCAGACGGCCGAGCGGUGGGACACCGCAGUGCGGCUGCGGGUGGCCCCGGGCGCGGCCCCGCACGCAGGACACAAGAAAGGAAGGAAGGAGGCGGCCCCGGGCACCUCCCCGCCGCCCCACGACACCCUGCUGCCCUGGCCCCCGCAGCGGCUGGGUGCCCUGCGCAGACAGAAGCGUGACUGGGUGAUCCCGCCCAUCAACGUGCCGGAGAACUCGCGCGGGCCCUUCCCCCAGCAGCUCGUGAGGAUCCGGUCAGACAAGGACAAUGACAUCCCCAUCCGAUACAGCAUCACAGGGGUGGGUGCUGACCAGCCCCCCAUGGAGGUCUUCAGCAUUGACUCCAUGUCGGGGCGCAUGUACGUCACUCGGCCCAUGGACCGCGAGGAGCGAGCUUCAUACCACCUGAAAGCACACGCCGUGGACAUGAACGGGAACAAGGUGGAGAACCCCAUCGACCUGUACAUCUACGUGAUCGACAUGAAUGAUAACCGGCCCGAGUUCCUGAACCAAGUCUACAACGGCUCUGUGGCCGAGGGCUCCAAGCCAGGCACCUACGUGAUGACGGUCACCGCCAACGACGCCGACGACGUCACCACCGCCAACGGGCUGGUGCGCUACCGUAUCGUGACACAGACCCCACAGAGUCCCUCCCAGAACAUGUUCACCAUCAACAGCGAGACGGGGGACAUGGUGACGGUGGCCGCUGGCCUGGACCGGGAGAAGGUCCAUCAGUACACUGUCAUCAUCCAGGCCACGGACAUGGAGGGGAACCUCAACUAUGGCCUCUCCAACACUGCCACGGCCAUCAUCACCGUGGCCGACGUCAACGACAACCCGCCCGAGUUCACCACCAGCACCUAUGCCGGGGAAGUCCCCGAGAACCGAGUGGAGACAGUGGUCGCCAACCUCACCGUGAUGGACCGAGACCAGCCCCACUCACCAAACUGGAACGCCAUCUACCGCAUCAUCAGCGGGGACCCCUCUGGGCACUUCAGCAUCCGCACAGACCCCGUCACCAACGAGGGCAUGGUCACUGUGGUGAAGGCAGUGGAUUACGAGCUGAACAGAGCCUUCAUGCUGACCGUGAUGGUGUCCAACCAGGCCCCCCUGGCCAGCGGCAUCCAGAUGUCCUUCCAGUCCACGGCGGGGGUCACCAUCUCCAUCAUGGACAUCAAUGAGGCGCCCCACUUCCCCUCCAACCACAAGCUGAUCCGCCUGGAGGAGGGAGUGCCCACGGGCACCGUGCUGACCACCUUCUCAGCCGUAGACCCCGACCGCUUCAUGCAGCAGGCCAUAAGGUACUCGAAGCUGUCAGACCCUGCCAACUGGCUGCAUAUCAACAGCACCAACGGACAGGUCACCACCAUGGCCGUCCUGGACCGAGAGUCCGUCGACGUCAAGAACAACAUCUACGAGGCCACCUUCCUGGCCGUGGACAACGGAAGCCCCCCGGCCAGCGGCACGGGGACGCUGCGGAUCUACCUCAUCGACACCAACGACCACGCCCCCGAGCUGCUGCCCACAGAGGCGCAGGUCUGCGAGCAGCCAGGCCUCCACACCGUCAACAUCACGGCGGCCGACGCCGACAUCGACCCCAACGUCGGGCCCUACGUCUUCGAGCUGCCUUUUGUGCCGACCGCCGUGCGCAGGAACUGGACCGUCACCCGCCUCAACGGUGACUAUGCCCAGCUCAGCCUGCGCAUCCUGUACCUGGAGGCGGGCAUGUACGACGUGCCCAUCAUGGUCACCGACUCCGGGAACCCGCCGCUGUCCAACACGUCUGUCAUCAAGGUCAAGGUGUGUCCCUGUGACGAGAACGGCGACUGCACCACCGUGGGCGCCGUGGCAGCAGCCGGCCUGGGCACCGGGGCCAUUGCGGCCAUCCUCAUCUGCAUCGUCAUCCUGCUGACCAUGGUCCUGCUCUUCGUGGUGUGGAUGAAGCGGCGGGAGAGGGAGCGCCACACCAAGCAGCUGCUCAUCGACCCUGAGGACGACGUGCGUGACAACAUCCUCAAGUACGAUGAGGAGGGUGGCGGCGAGGAGGACCAGGACUACGACCUCAGCCAGCUCCAGCAGCCGGAGACCAUGGAGCACGUGCUCAGCAAGGCCCCCGGGGUCCGGCGGGUGGACGAGAGGCCUGUGGGGGCAGAGCCCCAGUACCCAGCCAGGCCCGUGGUGCCCCACCCCGGGGACAUCGGCAACUUCAUCAACGAGGGCCUCCGCGCCGCCGACAACGACCCCACGGCACCCCCGUACGACUCCCUCCUGGUCUUCGACUACGAGGGCAGCGGCUCCACGGCGGGCUCCGUCAGCUCCCUGAACUCGUCCAGCUCCGGGGACCAGGACUACGACUACCUGAACGACUGGGGGCCCAGGUUCAAGAAGCUGGCGGACAUGUACGGGGGCGGCGAGGACGAGUGACCGCACAGCCUCGGGCCGCCCGCCUGGGCCGUGCCGGACGCCGGAGGGGGGCUGGCGGCGGUGCGCCCAGUGCUGUCCGGAGCCCCACCUGCCCGCCCGCGGGCCGCGUGGCCCCAGACGAGAGCGGAGGCACGGGCUCCACUUGAAUUUCUUAGAACAGAAGCACUCUUUUUACAAAAUGCAAGUGCCUUUUGGUACACUGUCCGACCCCUCAAACUCAGGAGUGACAAACUCACAGACAGACCAGGCCUCCGCACCCCACCGCACCCCGCCCGUGGCAGACGCCCUCGCACCAGCCCCAGCCCUGCAGCGCACCUGGAGGAAGGCAGCAUGGGUGGUUUUGUGGGGGGUUGUGUGUGUAUGUGCGCGUGUGUUGGUCCUUUAGUAAGAACACAGUGGGCAAGCCCACCAAGGGUAAUGCGCCUGGGCCCAUUCAGGCUGUCCCUCUUGGGCCCUUGCGGCCCAGCACCUCCAGCGGCGUCUCCUGAGAGCAUGCUCUGCGGGCGCCCGGGGGUGGUGGUUGGGGGCACAUCAAGGUCGGGAGUGGAGGCUGAGCUCUGUGUCUGGCAGCAAAGGCCCCCGGAGCCGUGCAUGUGACCGCCUUGGGAAUUGGGGGACUAAGGGGAGCCCAAGCAACCGCCCUAGGAGCUCCUCAUCUCUUCUCCAACUCCACCCUGGCUUCAGGCUCCUCUCAGCCAAUCUGAGUCCUCCUUCAGUCUGACAGUCAUCCCAGAUGCCACCCAGACACACACACCCCCAUUGGCCCAGGGAGUACAUAGUCUCAGCAUCUCAGCUGCCCCCCACCCAUGCUACUCCUGGCCAACACCAGUCAGCCCCUUCCAACACCACCACACCCCACUCCCAACCCCCAGGCCGGAGUCAGAGGGCCACACAGAGGCGCCCCAUCCCUCAAGGCAUGAGUAGCACCGUCACUAGGUCUCUUGGAAGGGGGACCGCUGGCCCUGGCCCAGCCCAGACACCUGGGCUGACACUGGGGGAUCUCAGGCUUUGCCCGACGGCUGUGCAUUGUCAUCCACAGCCACUGCUCCUGGAUGGGUGCCCCCUGAACCAAGGAAGACGCUGGCAGGCCCCCGGGAGGAAGGCCCGUGACUGCCCAUGCCUGGGGCAGUGUCUGCAGGGACUGCAGGGCAUCGUGAUCACAGCAGGCCCCCACCAGGGUGCCUGCAUCUACCAGGCUCAGCAGUUCACCCAGGCCAGUAGCAACAGGGCCCCAAGUCAAGGGGUGGGGCCUGGGCCUGGGCAUGAGCUGGCAUCAGCCCCCAGGAGAGCUAGAAUAUCUGAGGGCCAAGCCCCAGGAGCCCCGCCCACAUGCUCCUUCCCAGCGGCCAGUGUGGCCACAGAGGCCAGCUCCCCAUUCUGUCCCAGACCGGGGUCCACCCCUCCCAGGCCCUGGGCCACCCUCCUGGGCACAGCCUACCCUCCCCCAUCGCCAGCCCCUGCCCCAGCUCCUUAGAAGCCAAACGGAGCUGGUGUCCAGCCUGGCACUCUAGGACACACUCAAGAGUGGACCUGUGGCUGCACAGGGUGGCCAGCACCCAGUGCUGGGCCCUGUGCUCCCACUAUGCAGGACCCCAGAGGGGGGGUGGGGGGUGGAGGCUGGUGGGUCCCCGCUAUGCAAACCACCGGACCCCCUGCAGCGGGCCCCCUGUGAGAAUGCACUGUAGAGGGAGGGUGACCCUUCCCUGUGUCCCAGCCU